AAGAAGAGUACCACCAGUGGACGAGGCCAGUUCUGGCCAGACACUCUCGCGGCACAACUCGCUGUCCGCGAUAAUUCCGUUCAAACGUUUUUUUGUUUCGGAUUUUGUGAAGUCAAGAUUUCUCAGUGGAACCUCUUGGAUUAUUUAACAUUUAAUUUCGGCGAUGCCAUCGACAAGGGAGAGCUCAACCGUGAGCAGAAAAUACGUGAGUCAUGGUGGUGCUAUAUCUGGACAGGGCCACUCGGCAAACUCGGCCAGCAGCCUCGAGAACAACUUGGAUGCUCUACUGGAGGAUCUCCAGACAAGCGUUUCCCGGAGUACAACUCCCAGUGGUAGACGUCCAAUUUCCCCUCAAUACGAAUACAGAUCAGCGGCGAAUCCCGUGAGGACAGUCACCGAAGUCAGAUCGACCUCCCCAGUGCGUACAACAACCACGACAACAGAGAAAUACGUUAGUGCAGCACCAGUGGGCCUGGGGAGUGGUAUUCCCGGCCUCGAGUCACUUGACGCUGAGCUACGAAACGUCCAGCCAGGACAGAGCAAAACCGUAGCCUAUAAGCAAGUUUCUUAUCAGUACAGUAAGAAUCAAGAUGGAAAACCCAUUGAUUCAUUCGCCGCAACGGAAAACGCACUAUCUUCGAAUACUGUCCCAUUGUCGGACGACAUUCAUGAGAGAAGUUACGAGGAGAUUAUAAGGAGACGGAGGAGCCCGGAGAGGAGUACAAAAACAUCUACAGUGAAUAGAGAACUGGUUUACGGCGACACCUACUCCUCCUCCCGCACGAAGCAACCAUCGCCCCUGGGAAAUCAAUCGAAAGAGGUGAAAAUAAUUCGCGAAACGUCAGCCUUCCCCUCGGAAUCAAAAACCAUCUCCUCAAACUAUCACACGAGAGAACGUACCGAGGAUUACGGAGUAGAGCGUGUCCCAGUUCCCGAUCACUUAGCUCCAGGGCCCAACACAAAAGUGACGACUACGAUAAAGACCUACACUUAUGAGCUGCCCGGUGCCCCGGAGACAUAUGUACCACCAGGUGGUACAGGUCUCGAUCAAACGGUCACCUACAAGAUCGAUAAAACACUGGAGAGAUCGGCGAGUCCAAUCAGGUACACAAGCACUCCCGAGGUGAGCCAGAAGUCCUCAGUGCUGCAUAAAGAGUCCAAGUACUAUCAUGAGGAUCUCCAUGGCUCCCCGACAUAUGGGAAACCCCUGACACCGUCUCCGGUGAAUUACGAGACAACUACUACGAAGAAGGAGAAUUUCUACAUCAGGGAUGAGAGAUACGAGAACCUACCGAGGGAUAGGGUCGAUCACCCGGGAUAUCCUGGACAUCCUCCCUACACCGAAACAACGACAACGACAGUCAUUGAUAGAGUCGAGGAGCUCUAUCCUGACAAAUCUGGAUCACCUCGCGGCUACUAUACUCCACCGCCCCCGCCAACCGGUGGCUCCAGUGUCUACAAAUACUCGAAGGAGACCCACAAUCUCCACGACCGUGAGGUACUCCUGCCGAAGCCAUUCCCCACGGGUACACAGUUGUACCCCGUCAAUGGAAAAGGACCGACCAACGGUGAGGGGCCGCCAAAGAGAGUUGAUGACCUCAUGGCUUCCUUUUCCGAUUCUGAGCGGGAGGUACUCAUGGAUAUCCAGAGAGAAGACAGAAUUCAGAAGAAGAACCGGGUCAAGGAUGAUGAUACGCCGAAGAAGGAAGUGGAUUUCGUUAAACACUCGCCUCCGGUGGUGCAGAGUAAGAAUGUCGCAGGACCACCGGUUUAUUAUCCCCCGGGGACGACGGAGUUCAAGAUGAAGGAGGAGAGUUCCAUGGCGAUGAAGGAGGGAGGGGGCCAGUGGGAACGCGGUAAAGGAAUGUACGAGUACGAGAAAGGCUCCAAGAGUAAGCAGAAACAGACCAGUGGCAAAGCUGUGGUGCCGGUCUGCCUCCCCCUAUGCUGUGCCAUGCCCUGCACAAUAAUGUAACCGAAAACUAAUCCUUUAAAUUAUCCCAAAAUGUAUAUUUCUGUUGCUCGAUGGUUUAUCGCAUAGAAAUUUCGUGACAAAAGACGUAAUAUUUUGAAAAAAAUACACGGAGAGAAAAGCUCGGGAAAAGCUCGAUAAACAUUACUCAAAUGUUUGAUCCUUCUGGAAGCAAAUGGAGGACCUCAGGGAAAAAUUACUGAAUAAACUUGAAUUAUCACAUGAUAUUAGAGGAAGAUUACGAUCUGUUCCGUAAAAAAUGAGCUACUUUCGUUCAACUUUGAUCGAAAAUCGCGUCAUAAUUCAAGUUCCUUUGGUAAUUUUUUUGUUUAGUAAUGUCUUUUUAUUACGAAUUACGUCAAUAAUAUUUGUAAUCAUUAUUUCUCUCUCGCUGCGAUACAUCUGACAAUUUUCUUCUGUAUGACUGACUCAAAACUGAUAUUAAAUCGCCCGUUUUCUAAUCAAAAACACUUUAUCGAUUAAUGUUAAAUAGUUUAAUCGAAACUGGAGGAUUUGUAUGACACCUAUGGACUCAUCGAAAUAAACAUACCGAUUAAAUUAUUCCCUAA